ACAGUGAAUCGGGCCAGAGUAACACGAGGAGGGAAAGUCUGCUCCAGAAACUAGAAGAUGCCUACACGGUACACAUCUGUGAGUCCUACGGAGGGAAGUGUGAAGACCAAAAAUGGAUCCCACCCUAAGAAACAGCGUUACAUCCGCAAGGAGGGCAACUGCAACGUCCUGUUUCACCACGUUCCACACGAGUGGCUGCUCUUUGUGACCGACAUCUUCACCACCUUGGUGGAGAUUAGGUGGAGGGUGAUGUUCCUGAUCUUCACCUCGUCUUACAUCCUGUCUUGGCUUUUCUUCGGCAUCCUCUUCUGGAUCAUCGCUCUGGCCCACGGAGACAUCAGAGACCACAACAAUGACCCUUGCGUGUUCGAGGUGCGCAGCUUCACGGCAGCUUUCCUCUUUUCUCUUGAAACUCAAACCACCAUUGGGUAUGGCUUCAGGGGGAUGUCUGAGAACUGCAUGGUUGCCAUCAUCGUUGUCACCGUCCAAGAUGUCUUGAGCUGCAUCAUUGACACUUUCGUCAUUGGAAUUGUUGUUUCCAAAAUGGCCUCAGCCAGAAAAAGGGCACAGACAGUUGGCUUUAGCAAUCGUGCAGUCAUCAACCUUCGAGAUGGUUAUCUGUGUCUUUCCUGGAGGAUCGGGGACUUCCGCAGGUACCACAUGGUGGAGGGCACGGCUCAUGCUCAGAUUGUCUACUCCAUGGUGCACACAGCAGGGAAGGUUGACUUACGCUAUGAAGACCUGACCAUCCAACAAAAGGACAUUGUUCUGGUCACACCUACCACCAUCUUCCACAGGAUUGAACCUGGCAGCCCUCUGUACAAAAUGGGUUUGGAAGAUCUCCGGAAAGCAGACUUUGAGCUGGUGAUGUCAUUCACCUACACAGACGACUCCACCGGCAUGCUGCAUCAGACUCGGACGUCGUACACGCAAGACGAAAUCUUCUGGGGUCAUUUGUUCCAGGAGAUGAUCAGGGUGAGCAAGAGGCACUACAAGGUGGAUUACAAUUUGUUCAAUUACACUGCAAAGGUUCUGAUACCCAUAAGCAGUGCUGAGGAGUACGACCACAAGAAGCGCCUGGAGCUCCCUGUUCGACUUUCAGCAAGACGUUCACCCAGAUGGUCUCCACAGUCUUCUCCUAAACCCACGCCGCAAAACCAUCAAGAAAAUUGUCUGAAACCUCCAGCGGUGACAGUGGAACUGAUGGAAGAGACCAGCUCUGACCUAAAUGAUCCAACGUACCAACGGGAAGGUCAUCUUCAAGACUCUUUGACUGUGCCAAAUGACCUUAACCCAUAAAGAGAUGAUGUUUAAGACUUUACAAGAUAAAACUGAGCCAGCUGUCUUCAGAGAGACAAUUCACAACAUCAAGGGUACUUGACCAUUCAUCUUCUGCUGCUUAUUUGUGGUCAGGUCUUGGAGGUAACAGGGAAACAGGCAUCCUUCCCCUCAGUGACACUCUGCAACUCCUCCUAGAAGAUCCCAAGGUGUUCCUAG